GUGAGUUGUCACUGCACUUCUGUUCUCCCCUCUUUAGGGGAGGCCUCCUCCAGGUACAUGUUGUAGGCAGGAGUGGCUGAGGAAAGGAGGCAGGAGGGGGAAGAUGGCAGGAAAUCAACGGCAGAAAACGGUCCUUGGGCUCUUGAUGCUUUUGCUCCUUGACGAGGAGAGCCAUCAGAUACAGCAAAAGGAGAUGGAGGAGCAAAUUGCCCAUGAGAGGGAGUUGUUUGAAGACGAAUACAGGAGGCGGAAGGAGUCUCUUUAUGAGGAGUACCGGAGACACAUGGAGAAGCUAGCCGAUGCAGAGAGAACGGAGCUUCUCCAUCGCAAGCGUGUUCGCUAUGCAGCUGCAGCAUUUGUUGCAGCCAUAGCUAAAUCAGAGUGUAUCCGCCGCAAGCUAUGGCAGCUCGCUCGCUUGCAGGCUUGGUGGGACUGUUGUUGCCGUCCGUCUUUCACGGAGUUUGAGUUCCGUCACUGCUUCAGGAUGGGAAGGCGUCCAUUCAAGUAUAUCUGCGAUGAGCUCGCACCUAUCAUAGCGAAACAGGAUACAAUGCUGCGUGCGACAAUCCCUGUAAAUCAGAGAGUAGCGGUUUGUCUCUGGUGUCUGGCAACAGGGGAGCCAUUGAGAUCAGUGUCGAAGCGGUUUGGAUUAGGCAUUUCCACAUGCUCAAUCAUCAUGUUGGACGUGUGCAAAGCACUCAAUCGUGUUCUCCUGCCUCGGCACAUCCAGUGGCCAAGUCCUGAGCAGAUUCACGAUGGAGUUCGAGUGCAUGCACGGGUUGGGGCAGUGCAUCAUCACCAUCACCACCAUCAUCGACAUCAUCAUCAUCAUCGUCGUCAUCAAAACCAGAACCAGAAUCGUACGACACGACGCCAUGGUCGACUUGCCAUGCUAUUGGAUCCACAAUUGCUGCUGAAAGUCACCAUUUUUGUCCUCCUAUUAUUUGCUGUGGCCAUCUUCAUAAUCGACCAGAAGUUAGAGUCUGAGGAGGAGAAGGAGGGAAGUGGAGACGAGGACUCGAAUCCAUUGACGAAGAGUGCACAAUUAGGAAAGGGGCACAAUCUGGCAGAAAUAGCGCGGAAAGGACUGCCCUUUCGCGUACAGGAAAAGAGGUCUGGCUCGGGCGAAGUGGGUGGAGAAUCUGGAGAUCAACAGCCACCUCAGUUGAUGUCUCCCCAGCGUCUCAGCAGUGAAAGCGAAGUACUGUUAUUGAGGACACAACCUAACCUCUCGUCUUGGCUUACCCGCGACCUAAUCUCCUCAGAGUCUUCCUCUGCCUCUUCCUCUCCUUCUUCCGAGUCGCUCUUGGAUUCACGGAUAAGCGAAUCUCUGGCAGAAAUGAAUCCUUCCCUCGAGGAGGACGAACAUGAGGCUGCUCGGCAGGCAGAGCCUGCAAGCGGUAUCGAGGAUGAGACCGACCCUCUCUCGAUGGAAUCUGACAUACGUAAACCGUCAUCGACCGAAUCGUUUCCAUUCUUUGGCCACACACUCCCAACUGCAGCAGUUAUAUGGAAGGUGAGCAAGGAAGUAAAGUCGUUCUUCUUCCGGUCUCCCAAGUCUGAACCAGGGCAGCCUCAGGCAGCUGCAAGCGGUGGACGGUCAGUCGAUGAAUCCUCAGUCUCUGAUGGAGGUGACGACGGUUUGUCGAUCAACUAUAGGGUAUCAGGCGUGCAAUCAACUGGUGCUAGUUCUGAUCAUAGUCUUCAGCGAAGUGCUAUAAUUUUUACUAGUCAUACAGAUAAUGACUCUGUCGCCGCCUUGGGGGGGGUGGAGACACACACCACCAGCAACAGCAGCAACAGCAGCAACAGCAGCAACAGCAGCAACAGCAGCAACAGCAGCAAUAGCAGCCGCAGGAGGAAGGGGUAUAAGCAAGAAGAAGAGGGCCUUCCGAAGCUGACGUCACCGUUUAAGCUUGGCGUUGACGUGAUCCAUUCUUUGCUUUCCACAGAAAUGGACAUUACGUUGAACAGGAUGCUCCUGGAAAUGCAAGGCAGCAUUUCGUGUGGCGGUCUGCCGAUAAUGGAGUUCGGCAACUUCGAUGAAAUCAGUGAGAUAGAUGAGAGUCUGAUGGAUGUGAUUCCAUCGAUGGAUGUGGUGGGGCCCACAGGAGGAAGAUUGCGGAAUCAGAGCUAUUACAAGUCGUGUGCGGUUGUGGGAAACAGCGGCUCCUUGCUUCUUCAGAAUUACAGCGCCAAAAUUGACCGAAGCGACGCCGUCAUCCGGUUCAACUCAGCUCCGACACGUGGCUUCGAAUCGCAUGUAGGGUCGAAAACGACGAUCCGUAUCCAGAACGUAGAUUACCUGGGAUGGAGGGAGGCGAACAGGGAUAAAAUCGCCAUCUUCACCGGCAGGAAUGAGAGGGAUUUUAAGCGAUUCAUCGCUCAACGCCUUCGCCAUCCUAAUCAUGUCCAAUACAUUUUCAAUCCCGAGUGGUGGUGCCAUGUGUGGGACUGGGUGAAGAGGAGGAAGUUGAAGCCCAGCACCGGUUUGGCGGGCGUGGUUUUGGCACUGCACCUCUGCGCAUCUGUAAACCUGUUCGGCUUCCGGAUCAAUUCCACCACGUUUCACUACUACAAUUCGCUCCCGAAGAACGUGAAACGCCAAGCCAUCUUUCGAUAUCAUCCCUUGUUGGAAGAGGAAGCAGUCUAUGCCGAGUUGGCGGAAAACGGAUUUCUUACCAUCGGUCCGGCUGCUGGAGGUGAUAAGAGCAUCAUCCUCGAGAAGAGGGAGCCCAAAAUGGAGAGAGAGAGGGACGGAGGGAGGGAAGCAGGGACGGAUGGACGUAUGGAUGGAUGGAUGGAUGGAUGGAUGGAGGGAGGGAGUGAGGGAGGGAUGGAGGGAUGGAGGGAUGGAGGGAUGGAUGGACGGAGGGGUGGAGGGACGGAGACAGAGGGAGGGACGGAGAGGGGGGGAGGGACAGACGGAUGGAUGGAGGGAGGGAGGGAGGGACGGAUGGACGGAUGGACGAACGGAGGGAGGGACAGAGGGAUGGUGGGACAGACGAAGGGAGGGCCGGUGAGGGAGGGGGGUUGGGACGGAGUGAAACUGAUAGCGUCAUCACUUGCUGAGAUCAUCAGGAACAAUAUUCCCGGGAAAGACAUGGAUCUAGACUCCAGGACUUAUGCAAUAGAUUUUGAGAGAGAAAUUGAGAUGCUUUCUCUGAAUGCGGCAUGCAAGACUGACUCAAAGAAGAAGGAGCAUGUCUGUGACGAAAACAAGAGCACACCGAAGAGGGGACUGAUAGCAUAAAGGAGCCAAAAAGAUGGAUGUCUGCAACCCCCGCAAUUCUCAAUGGAAUCCACUCGAUGAAUAGAAUGGGCAACUCUUCUCAGGAUUCUAUUUAAACCACCAGUACUUCCUCGAGUCGUGCCCGUUAACGCGCCACCGAUUUUAGGAAACGUACGGGCUACUACAGGAGUGCCCAAAUUCAUCCCACUAGAACUGUUUCUAGUACUUUCUACUCUUUUUUUUUCUGCGGCCAAUAGCUGGGCCAAGUACUGGUGGUUUAAGUAUCCAUGCCUGCCUCCUAGUCAAUUGGCGCUAAGCACUGGUAAGGGAACUUAGGGAAGUAAUUAAAAGCAAUACCGUGCACGAAACAGCAAAACCAAUUGGAGAAAAUGAGGUAUUACAAUACGAAGUUGGAAUAUUAUCAGUCCAAAAACUGCUUCAACAAAGCCAACGCGAAAAG